CCAACCAAGUCAUGUCUUCUCCGGAUGCGGCAGUGGCAAUGUAUGGCGGGAACGAUAAGAAACCUAUUGGAGGGAAUAUCCUUGCUCACGCCGCAACAUGCAGGUACGUCUAUCGUUUAUCAGACGUUUUAGAAGUCCGGUGCAAAUUGUGACGUCCAAUAGGCUGCAACUCAAGAAAGGACGAGGCAACACCCGUGUGUGCAAAAUUUACGAUUCACCUAGCCUCCCCGAAAGUGAAGCGUUGUUCGCCAUUUGGGAAGGUGGCAUUGGCGACCCAGACAAGGAUCCCACGGUGCGGAAGCCAGGAAAAGAUGCAAAUCCAACGGUGCAGAAGCAAGGAAAUGAUGCAGAUCCAACAAUGCAGAAUCAAGGAAACUGAAGUCCACUCUUCCUCUGCUUCGUCUGGGACAUUACGAUUCAUCCAUGUUAUCGAGUUGUACAUUCUGCAUAUUUUCGUCCCUUACGGCUCCAAGCCAAAGCCUUGCUAAUUCAUCCCAUUCCCUCGGACACUU